UCAGUGAAGGUGUGGCUCUCUGUUAGAAACAUUCGAGUCUCUCAUCAUAUGAAAACCAGUUCUUCAGUCCCUCAGCACGCUAACACCGAGCCUGCCCCAGGACCUAGAGCCUUCAUUCAUUUCACUUCCGUUGCAAAAAGCAGAUUUUGAACUACGGGAUAUUCUUUCAGACUCCUAGCAUCUCAGGACUUCAGUAACUUUUCAUCAGCUUGUCUGUCGCUGAUACUGCUUGCUUGUUUGCAUCAAGUUACAUUUGACUGAAUGUAUUGCUGCUAGACUUUUGUACAGUGUUACGGGAUCUGUGAUCUAGCAUUUCCAAUGCCUAAAAAUAGCAAAGUUGUGAAGAGGGAACUUGAUGAAGAUGUCACAGAGUCUGUCAAGGACCUUCUUUCCAACGAGGACAUGAAUGACGAUCAGUUUAAGAAGAGUGCAUUAUAUGUAGAUGACUCCCAGACUGAAAAAGAUGUGGAUAUUGAAGAAGGAUCUGACAUUGAAGAAGAAAGGCCAGCCUGGAAUAGCAAACUUCAGUAUAUUCUGGCACAGGUUGGAUUCUCAGUUGGCUUAGGCAAUGUAUGGAGAUUCCCAUAUUUAUGCCAAAAAAAUGGGGGAGGUGCCUACCUUGUGCCUUAUUUGCUUUUACUGCUCAUCAUUGGGAUUCCACUGUUUUUCUUGGAGCUUGCUGUGGGUCAAAGGAUCAGGCGAGGCAGCAUUGGUGUAUGGAAUUUCAUCAGCCCCAGGCUUGGAGGAAUUGGAUUUUCAAGCUGCAUUGUAUGUUUCUUUGUCGCUCUGUACUACAAUGUUAUUAUUGGGUGGAGCUUCUUUUAUUUAUCGAAGUCCUUUCAGCAUCCAUUGCCCUGGGAUCAAUGUCCCUUGGAAAAAAAUGGCAGCCAGACCUUUGUUGUGCCUGAAUGUGAGAAAAGCUCUGCCACUACCUAUUUCUGGUACCGAGAGGCGCUGGAUAUUUCUAACUCUAUCUCAGAGAGUGGGGGUCUCAAUUGGAAAAUGACUAUCUGCCUCUUCAUAGCCUGGCUUAUGGUCUGCCUUGCCAUGAUCAAAGGCAUUCAAUCUUCAGGAAAGGUGAUGUAUUUUAGUUCUCUGUUUCCCUAUGUCGUACUUAUCUGCUUCCUGGUUCGAGGUCUUCUUCUGAAAGGUUCUUUGGAUGGAAUCCGUUAUAUGUUUACCCCUAAGUUGGAAAUUAUGUUGGACCCUCAGGUCUGGAGAGGGGCUGCAACCCAAGUAUUCUUUGCCCUUGGACUGGGAUUUGGUGGUGUGAUUGCUUUCUCCAGCUAUAACAAACGAGAUAACAACUGCCAUUUUGAUGCUGUCCUUGUCUCCUUCAUCAAUUUCUUCACAUCUGUCUUAGCAACACUUGUAGUGUUUGCUGUCUUGGGCUUUAAAGCAAAUAUUAUCAAUGAAAAAUGUAUUGUGAGAAACGCAGACAAGAUCCUGGAAAUGCUUAAAGUAGGUGCAGUCAGUCAUGAUCUCAUUCCUCAUCAUGUUAAUUUAUCAGCUGUUUCAGCAACAGAUUACCAUCAGAUGUACAACAUUAUAAAGGAAGUGAAGGAAGAGCAGUUUCCAAAGUUAGGCCUGGAUUCAUGUCAAUUAGAGGAUGAACUUAACCAGGCAGUGCAAGGAACUGGCUUGGCCUUUAUUGCCUUCACUGAGGCCAUGACUCACUUCCCAGCGUCGCCCUUCUGGUCAGUGUUGUUCUUCCUGAUGUUAGUAAAUCUGGGCUUGGGCAGCAUGUUUGGAACCAUUGAAGGAAUACUCACCCCCCUCGUGGAUACAUUCAAAAUGCGCAAAGAAAUUCUCACCAUUGGCUGUUGUCUCGUGGCUUUCAGUAUAGGCCUCCUGUUUGUGCAGCACUCUGGAAACUACUUUGUAACCAUGUUUGAUGAUUACUCAGCCACGCUGCCCCUACUAAUUGUGGUUAUCCUGGAAAAUAUCGUUAUCGCUUGGGUUUAUGGCACAGAUAAGUUCAUGGAGGACUUGAAGGAUAUGCUUGGAUUCACUCCUUUCCAAUAUUACUAUUACACUUGGAAAUACAUUUCUCCACUUAUUUUGAUUGCUUUGCUUGUGGCUAGCAUUGUUCAGAUGUGUUUGAGUCCACCAGGCUACCAGGCCUGGAUAAGUGAAUUGGGCGCUGACAAAUUUCUGAGUUACCCAACGUGGGGCUUGGCUGUCUGUAUUGGCCUUGUGUUAGUCGCCAUACUCCCUGUCCCAGUCGUCUUCAUCAUCCGUUAUUUUAACAUAAUGGAUGAUGGCUCCAACUCUUUGGCCUCAGUCUCAUACAAGAAAGGACGGAUGCUGAAGGAAAAUUCCAACCUGGAGGAAGAUGACGCCAGUCUUCUACAAAGCAAGACCCCAAGUGAGAUGCACUCGCCAAUGGUUGGAAACAGCAUCUACCGAAAGCAAAAUGGAUCCCCCACUCCUGAAGCAGACACAGCUCCAAACGGCCGCUAUGGCAUUGGAUACUUAAUGGCUGACAUGCCUGAAUCAGACUUGUAGCUUCUGAGCAAGCUUUGCCUGUCUUUGUUUCUAUUGCUACAUUGAGCAUCAUUGCCACUCAAAAAGCACGCACAGUACUGAUGUGGCACAUGCAUCAUGUAUAUCCUGUAGAUAGACUAUAUUUUUCCAUAUUAAUGAUAUUGUCUGAAACAUUGUUGCCUACAAGUAGCUAUGAGCAAAGCUGAACAUUAUACUUUUCUGCAUCUGACAGAUCAUAUUCAGUGUUCUCGUUUAGAAAAAGACAGUUGCUUUCCUUGAAGAACAUCAACUUGCUUCUUAGAUCAGAGCAUUUUUUCUUACUAUGUCACUGAGAUUAGCAAAUUUGAGAUUUUUUUUAUUCUUGAACUUUUAUGUAAGUCACGACAAAUAUUUAAAAUGCAUUUCAACACAGAAUCAAUAUACAAACUGAUUUUUAUCUUAAAUUAUUUAGUAGUUUAUCAAACCAUAUUUUCAAAUUUUUUUUCAAAAAAAAAACAUUUUGAGGAACAUUCUUUUGUCUGGGAAGGGGUAAUUUCUUAUUUUUGCCUAUAGGGGUCACCAGUGAGCAUUGUGGCUACAGCAUAAAUGCCCCAGUUCCCUGACACGUAAAUCCAAGAGGUACUUCGCGUAGCCCUGAUUUCUGAAUGCUAUUCGGACUGCUAAAACCCAACGUCAUGGGCAGCAAGCAUGCACACAUUUCUAGUCAGAAGUUGUUUGCCUGCCAUUACGGGCUAAGGUGACAAAUAAAAGGUGUCGUCUCUCCCCAAAGCCAUUGUGCGCUGUACCAACACCACAUGGAUUAUAUUGUUCAAAAGCACAGCUCUCCAUCGUCUUCUCAAGAACAAUCCAAAAUGGGUAAUAAAUGUUGGCCUUACAAGUGAUGCUCGCAUAAGACCAUAACAUACCGGAGCAGAAUUAGUUCGUUUGACGCACAGAAUCUACUGCACCAUUCAAUCAUGGCUGAUAUGUUCCUCAAACCCAUUUUCCUACCUUCUCCCCAUAACUCUUGAUCCCUUUACUAAUGAAAAACUUAUCUAUCUCUAUCUUUAAAUACACUUGACGACAUAGCCUCCACAGCCCUCUGUGGUAGUGAGUUCCACAGAUUCAACACUCACUGGCUGGAGAAAUUCCUCCUCAUCUCAUCUUGCAAAUUAAAACAAAAAGGCAUUUCAUUUGAAUGUGCACACGGUUCAAGUUUGAAGUCACCUUUCCCAGAUUUGUUUGAUUUGAAUCGGCUAAAUCUGCAUGGGCUGCACCCCCGUAACAAAAAGAAUGUACAUGAAAUUGCUUGACUGUUUACCUGGAAAAAACAACUUACAUUUAGAAAAAAGACCUCCCCCACAAUUCCACUUCCUCACUGAAUCAUCAAUACUAUCAAUUCCAGGCACUAACAGCUGUGAUCCUACACCACUGUCCCUACACCAGACUGAGCUCCCUGGUUUCAUAUUUCUCUUCACCCCUGCUCUCCCUGCACUGAUUCUUAAUAACGUCUCAGACAUCCUUCUCUGAGAUCAUUUACCAUCAGUGCUAUGGGAGUAUCCUCAUUCUUAACAACACUUUCUUGAAUGCUUAUUGCAAUGAGACUAAGUUCUAGACUGUAGAUAUCAUAUUCCUCAGCUAAUACCCACUUUGCAAUUUCAUACUGGGGAGUGACCAAAUCGUCAAUCUCUCCCCAUGAAUUCCUAUUGCACUCCGUUACUGAUAAUCUAGCAAAAUACUUAUAAAGCUUGCAUGUAUUAGACCCAUGAAUUGCUACAAUUUAUUUUAGCUAGUUUGUUAACUCUGUUGAAAAACAGAUAUACUCCCAUUUGAGAAGAAUUUAUCCCUCAACAUACUGGUUACUACAACUACCCUUUAACAGUUGUAUCUAAAAUGGGAAUUAUUUGCUUCUCUGCUGUGUGACCACAUGUAAGUGGCAAGCAUGAGCUACAGAUAGCUAGAGGGAGUUGUAAUUUUAAAACUGGCUAUAUAUUUUGUGUAAAGUGUUUUCAAUUAUUAAUUUGAAGAGGUAAAGUCCUAUUUUGAAGAGUCAAAACUGACUUGUAUUAUCAAACUGAUCAGUACCGUUAAUUUGGUGCCUAAUUAUUUUAGAUAUUUAUUGUGUUUUAAAACAUUUAGUAAACAAGUUAUAUAUUUAUAUUGCAUAUUGCAAAGUGUACAUAUGUAUAUUUGCCUGGAUUUGUUUGAACAUUUUGAUGCAAAAAAUGCUUUUUUUCAGCACACUUAUAUGGCCUUUGAUGAAAUUCUUUGUUAACUUUGUUAAGUUGGUUUCCUUAUAGUAAAGGUACCACUACUUCUCCUGCAAAGUAAGGAUAGGAUCGAGUUCUUCUGGAGCUCUGUAGUCCUUUGUUAUAUUCUAUUUGAAAUUAAACACCCAGUGAUAAAGCUUAA